UGAGCUCCGCUACACGGACUCUCUCCUCAGAGGUCACCGCUGCUCGGAAGAGGCCCCUGCUUAUCCUCAUUUGGAGCCUGUCACUCCGGACACACAGCACAGAACAUGUGCGGACAGAGGUAACCGUCCCCCGGGCUGCUGCUGCCUCCCCAGCCGGCUGAAGGACUUGGCAGAACGGAUAGAUGCAGAUGGAGAGGCCGCGCAGGCUGCUGCUUCUGUCCGAGCUCCGCGUCAGAAACGCCGCGUACGAUGUGAGUCUGAGCCGGUCCCUGCUCACCUGGAAGAGACGGAUCUCCAGCCCGGUGUACCACCCGUUCAGACCCUCUGUACAUCACAGUGUGUCAGUGUCGGAGAUCAUCUCUGUCAGAGAGGAAGAGGAGGAAUACAGCAGCAGACAAAGAGACGAUGGCAGCUGGAGGAAGAUCAAAGAGAGAGACGGGAAGGACUGCAGGCAGACCUUCACAGUGUUAUAUGUGGAGAGGUGUCAGCAGCACCGCUGGCGGUGUGCUGAGGUCACCUUCACGUGUUCAGAUGAGGCACUGUGUCAACUCUGGGUCAGCAGCAUCAGAGAGCAGCUCGCCUCUAUCAUCACCAGACCCAAACACCUGCUGGUCUACAUCAACCCUUAUGGGGGGAAGCGACAGGGAAAACGCAUCUAUGAGCAGAAGGUCGUCCCACUGUUUGCUGAGGCCGGCAUCUCCACAGAUGUCAUCGUGACAGAGUAUGCCAAUCAUGCGAGGGAUCACCUGAGGACAGAGGCGGAGCUGAAGAAGUAUGAUGGUGUGGUGUGCGUUGGAGGGGACGGCAUGUUCAGCGAGAUCAUCCACGGGCUGAUCUUGAGAGCGCAGAUCGAUGGUGGCGUAGAUCCAAACUGUGCGGAUGAGGCGCUGCUUCCCUGCACACUUCGCAUCGGAAUCAUUCCUGCAGGUUCAACAGACUGUAUCUGCUUCGCCACUGUGGGCACCAACGACCCUGUGACCUCUGCUCUGCACAUCAUAGUGGGAGACUCCCAGCCCAUGGACGUAUGCUCGGUUCACCACAACAACACAUUCCUGCGAUACUCUGUCUCCCUGCUGGGAUACGGUUUCUAUGGCGACGUGCUAACUGACAGUGAGAGGAAGAGAUGGAUGGGGCCGGCCAGAUACGACUUAUCAGGUCUGAAAAUGUUCCUGACUCAUCAUUAUUAUGAAGGAACGGUGUCCUACCUGCCUGCCAGAGGCAUCAUGGGAACGCCACGAGACGCGGCCAGGUGUCUAUCAGGCUGUGAGGUUUGUCAGCACAACGGGCAGCAACUUGCAGAAACAUCUGAGAGGCACGAGAUGGAUGAGGCAUCAGAUAGCGAGAGUGACGGUGAGUGGAAGAUGAUCCGAGGGAAGUUUCUGGCUAUAAAUGCUGCCAGUAUGAGCUGUGCUUGUCCUCGCAGCCCCAAGGGCCUCUCACCUGCCGCUCACCUAGCUGACGGCACCACCGACCUCAUUCUGGUCCGGAAAUGUUCCCGCUUUAAUUUUCUCAGACACCUUCUGCGACACACCAGCAAAGAUGACCAGUUUGACUUGACCUUUGUCGAGGUCCACCGAGUGCGGCGUUUCCGCUUCACGCCUCGUCACUGCCAGAGUGACUCUGACCUGGAGCUGGACCUGCAAGAGCAUGGCAAACGCCAGAUCUUCAGCCAGAUCUGCCGAGACCACCCAGCUUGCAGCUGUGCCCCCGCCUACAGCAGCUGGAACUGCGAUGGCGAGAUCCUGACCCACACGGCCAUCGACGUUAGAGUGCACUGCCAGUUGAUCAAGCUGUUUGCACGAGGGAUCGAAGAACAGGCAGUGUUCGAGGAUCUCACCAACCCCUGUGCAAUAUAAACCCUUACCCCAAUUUCCCCCCAUCAGACACUGGAGUCUUCUCUCUGUUUCCAGCCAUCGCCUAUGUUACUGCUGCAGGAAUAGUCAUGCAACACUCAUCGCAUCCUUCACCAGGAGACUCAACAGGAUGUUGAAUGGCGUAUGACAAUGUAACUUCCUGGGUUUAAUAAUGUCCAAAAUGAGUUUCCUUAAAUCGCCUUGAUCUGCUUUAUAUGUAUCCCCUUGGAAGUAGCAGCUGCUUUUAGAAAUCAAACACAAAAUGAUAGACCUUGUGGAGAGAAAUGUUUCAACCUUAGAGUUUGGAUUAGUUGUGGAUGACACUGUUGGUGUCUUGUUGUGACAGCUGAGUGGUUGCCGGGUGUCUGACACCUCAAUCUUGUAGCCGCUUUAACUCAGACUUGUCUUGAUCUUGUCACUUUUUGAAUUGAGUUUUGUUGUCUCUGACUUGUCUUGGUUAACAGUCUUUUGUCUUGAGGAUGAAGUCUGGUAGAUGUAAGGGGUUUUGACUCGGACUUCAACUUGCUUGUCUAGCUUUGACUUGUCCAGGAUUAAUUCUCUGAAUUGCUGUAGAACUCAAGUCACAUCUCUAUCGACAAAGUUAUUUUCAAUUAUCUCCAAUUCACCUUGUACCUGUGAUUGUUUUGUCUUUGACAUGUCUUAAUCUUGGCUACCAGUUACUCUCAAUUGUAACUCCAAUCUUGACUAAACUCGACCCCUAUUUGGACUUGACUCUGAAACAUUUUGACUUGGACUUGUCCUGAGCUUGACUUAAAUUGCCUGUUCAUUUAUUUCUAGAUUUGUCUUUUUUGGUGCUGUAGUCUCGUCUUGAUUGUUAUCCGUUUUUUUAUCAUCUCAGAUGUGUCUCUGCCUUGAGUGUGUUUUGACUCGUACUCGACUCUAAUUUGUCUCUGACUCAACUUGUGAGUCAGUGGUCUUGACUGCAGCUCUUCUGCCAUACAACUGGGUUAGAAACUUAAUCUUAUUUGCACUUUGAAAUAGUUUCAAUUAUUUUUCAACCAAAACCAAUUCCUGAAUUUCGAAUUAUCUGUAACAUGUUUGAAGGAUGCCAGACACCUGCCAGUCAUUCCCAGGGUCAAAUUAUCCCUAUAGGUCAAGGGUUGAUUCACAAAGUAGAACCCCAUGCACAUGGUAAGUACUCGAAGGAAAAGGUAAUUCUGACAUGUGAUUUAUUUUUCACUGUUGAAUUUUUCUUUAACAGUCACUAUCUGUUUUUCAGCUGUGUGAAGGCUUCUGUUACAUUUGAUUUCAAAAUCACACCUAGUGUUGGGUUAGUGUUUCCAUCAUUUCUCAGGAAACGAUCUAAGCCUAGUUGUAGCUUUCAAGUUGUAUUUUUACAUAUAUGAAUUCUCAAUAGCAUAGAAAAGGACAAUUUGGAAAAGUGUAACUUUCAUCAAAACCAAAGUAGUCAGCCAAGCUGGUUGUGGCUCAGGAUGCUGUACAGCGUACAUAUGAAUGUUUUCAAUCGCUUUGUCCGAUGUGCAAAUCACUUCAGUCUGUUUGUGCAAACACGACAACACGUCAUCGUGAAAGUUUCCUGUUUUAACACCAAACUAACUUUGAAGGUAAUCUUCAUAGUCUUUGAAAUGAGCUGAAAUUGUAUCUGUAGCUUUCAUUCUGAACUGAGCUGUCAGUUGGUUCCUUUUUUUUUUCCUAAAACCUCAAGAUAAUCACAUGAACCUUCCAAGAAUCAGGAGUAAUGAUUCAACAAACAACACAAAUAUGUUUGUGCAAAGAAAAUUGUUUCAAAGCAAUUUUACCUCCUUUUUCAAAAACAAUUUAUUUGCUUUGUGUGAUCCUCCUACACUACAUGGCCCAAUGUAUCACUCCAUAGCUGCAUCCCAAAUGUGCUGCAUGUGUUUAGGGCUUAUAGACCAGUCAAGUUCUUCCACACCAACUGGGACGAUUAUUUUGUAUGAAGGUUACACAUUUUAUUGUAUUAGGUGCACAAUGAUGAUCAUUCAAAAUUUAAAUAAUGUUUUUUUUGGAAUUAAUAUGAUGGUUUCUAUUUGAUAUAUCUGGAUCUUUGUUUUGUAAAAUAGACAAAUCAGACUGGAAGUUGGGUAUCCGCACUGGACUUUCUGAGUAGAAGCUGUUUCUUUGUAUUUCAGUUAGUUGUUCAUUUGUUGAACAGCAGUUUUUGUUCCUUCCUGCUGAUGUUGAGCUGGACUCAAAUUGACGGAGGAGAGGACCUGUAGCAGCUCACGGUGCUUUUCAAAACUCUGAUCAAUCACUUUUUAGCUUUGUCCUGAUUUUAAUCUGACCAAAUACCCGCCUGGGUUCUGUGAUGUAGCUGUCUAUAACAGUUGUCUUCAGGUCUUCACAGGCUCAAUAUGUUGGACCCAGUACCAAGCAGACCCGUGGAAAAACAAUGUUAUUUUUACUUAAUAAAAGACAAACUGUUCUUAAGUAAAGGCAAGGAUGAUUAUACCUGCUCAAAAACGCCAACAGAGUAAACACCAGCAUUGGCAGCAGCGUGAUGCACCACUACAACAAUAACCAAAUGCCCUCACAGACAUGAUGAGCCCGACUGAGGUCUCAAUUAGAGCCUGGACCUGUGAAGACCUGUAGCGCAGCUCUUUCUCUUAUAUAGAUUCAUCUUUUUAAUUCUGUGUUUAGAUGAAUACUCACUCUGGAUGUUAAAACUUACCACUUGUGUGCUACCAUGAAAAUGCAUGACUGAGGUGACAUUUUUAUCAGGAGAAGAUUGAAUAUCUUCUUCAUAUUUAGCCUGCUGAAAUGAUUAAUAAAACAUGUUCGUGUUACA